CGAAAGCAACGCUCGACUACACAUAUAGUCAAGUUGACGCGAUUUCACUUCAAGAGGAGGAUUUAAAAAGUUAAUAUUUUCGAAGCCGAUGGCUCUCCUGGUGAAAUGCAGCAUUUCUAUUCUGCUGGUGUUCUUCCUAACUCUUGCUCCUGUGGGGACCGAAGGAAAAGGGACAGGGUUACAGAGACAGAAAAGAGAAUGGAUCAUAGCUCCCAGACAGUUGAAGGAGAACCAUGAUUACACCGGAUUGCAGAGUAUCGCUCGAAUUCGCUCUGAUAAGGAGAACUAUACAAAGGUAUUUUAUUAUCUUUCGGGGCCUGGUGUAGACCAGCCACCUGUAGGUGUAUUUGGUAUCGACCGUGAAACUGGCUACGUGAAAAUCUAUUCCAUUCUGGACCGAGAGGCGACCCCCUUCUUUCAUUUAAAAGGUGCGGCGAAAUUCGCCGACGGGACCUUCGCUGAAACCGAUAUUGACCUUAAAAUUACUGUUUUGGAUGAGAAUGACUGCACACCGGUCAUUACAGUACAGCAAGUCGGAUCUGUCAGUGAAGCAUGUGAAGCAGGUACUGUUGUGAUGAGAGUAAUGGCUACUGAUGCUGAUCAAGUGAACACACUCCACUCCAGUAUUUACUACAGCAUUGUGGAGGAGAGUAGCACAGCUGGGCUGUUCUUCAUCAACUCUCAGACUGGAGAGAUCACGGUUCUCCAGAACUCCAUAGAUAGGGAGAAACAAGAUUCAUAUACGUUGACUAUAAGAGCCAUAGACAUGGGUGGACAAGGGGGAGGAAACGCAGGAACCGGACAAGUUACGGUCCAAAUUCUGGACAUAAAUGACAAUGUUCCAACCCUGGAACAAGAAUCAUAUGAAGGGAAUGUGCAGGAGAACACUUACAACAUGGAAGUGAUGAGGGUCCACUCCGUUGACAUGGAUCUGAUUCACACUGAAAACUGGCAGUCUGUGUACACAAUCGUUUCAGGGAAUGAGGCAGGCUAUUUCAGCAUCACUACUGAUUCUCAGACCAAUGAAGGAGUUAUCAUGAUUAAUAAGGCCGUGGACUAUGAAGAAUUAAAGACGAUAAACUUGGAAGUGGCUGUUUGCAACAAAGCAGCAUACAAUUUUGGCAGUAAGUCUGGCUCUGGCUCUGGCUCUGGCUCUGGCUCUGGCUCUGGUUCUGGUUCUGGUUCUGGGUCUGGGUCUGGGUCUGGGUCUGGUUCUGGGUCUGGGUCUGGGUCUGGGUCUGGGUCUGGGUCUGGGUCCACCUCAAAAGCCUACCCCGUUAAAAUCAAUGUGAUAAAUCAGAAGGAAGGCCCCCGAUUCCAACCAAGUGUCAAAGUGGUGACUUUGUCUGAGGACCAGUCUUCCAUCUCCAUCAACAAAGUCAUCGCCACCUACGCUGCUAUUGACAGUGACACCUUAAAGACAGCCACCAACGUAAGGUAUGCUAAAUUCAAAGAUGAUGACAACUGGUUGAUUAUUGACCAAAAGACAGCAGAGAUCAGGCUGAAUAAAAUGCCUGACAGAGAGUCCUUGUUCUUGGUCAAUGGAACAUAUUAUGCCAAAAUUUUAGCCAUCAGCGAUGACAUUCCCGCAAAAACUGCCACAGGGACCGUAGCCAUUCAGGUGGAGGACUUUAAUGAUCACUGUCCGAAACUGACCACGACAACUCAGACCAUGUGCUUCGAUGACAAUGUGGUCUACGCCACAGCCGUAGACCAAGACAAGUUCCCCAAUUCUGCACCAUUUGCCUUCACUGUGAUUCAGGGGAGCAGCAAGGAGAAAUGGACAGUGGAGCAUCUUAAUGAUACCACGGCCAUUCUGCGAGACCAAUCCAACUUGUGGCCUGGCACGUACAAAGUGGCACUGGAGGUCAGAGACCAGCAGGGAAAGUUAUGUGCUGAUGUUCAGAUGAUGGACGUAAUUGUGUGUCGUUGCAAUGAUGUCACUAAAACCUGUAAGCGGCGCAUUCAAAAGACUGCUGAGUUUGGAGCUGCCGGUAUCCUGCUUAUGCUCUUGGGACUGCUUCUUCUGCUGUUGCUGCCCCUUCUUCUGCUGUUCUGCCUGUGUGGAGGUGCAGCAGCUCUUGGAGAUUUCAAGGCCAUUCCAUAUGAUACGAAACAGCAGCUCAUCUCAUAUCACACUGAGGGACAGGGAGAAGACAAGGACGUUCCUCUUCUUCACGUGCCAUUGGAAGUUGUGGGUGACAAUAGCAAUGUCAACAUUUUCAACAACUAUGGAGAUCGUGGGUACCUAGGUGGACCGACUGAAGUAGGAGCUGCAGAUGGAAGAUUAGCCUUAUCCGGUGCUCAAAACUCUUCCAACUUGACAGCCGAGAACAUGCACUUGUACAACCAAUAUAACCAUUCUAGUGGGCAGAUGGGGAGGGAGUACGUGGAUGGUGGGUUGAUGGCAGGAAACGAACGUCGUUUCUCCCAAUACCAUGGAGGGGUCUUCGAUGGGAUGGCUCUAUCGGAUAAUUUCCUGGGGGAUUAUUAUUCAAAUAAAUCCAACCAUGCUGCAAACCAUUCCCAGCAGAAGGACGGUCUGCUGCUCUAUAACUAUGAGGGUCAGGGGUCCCUGGCAGGUUCUGUAGGUUGCUGCAGCCUUCUUGAGAAUGAGAAUGACCUUGAGUUCCUCAAUGACCUUGGGCCUAAAUUCAAAACCUUGGCUGAGAUUUGUCACGGGUCAGCAUUGGCGACCGAGUCUGUGAAUGCAGGGGUUUCUUUCUCUUCACCCAGACCAGUGUCUCCUGUCUUUCCCGCCAUCUCCACCGAAACUCAUGUCCGUAGUCACACAGAGACAAUCAGGGACAGGGACCACGUUAACACCCUCAAUACCUUCAACACCCUCAACACCCCCAAUGUAGCGUCUGGAUCCUCCACCAUCCUGCGUGAGGAGCGAAUCACUGGGACAGCCCAGGGUUCAACCAUCGUUCCCACAGUACAUGUCAACGACAAUAUCGUGGUUCCCACUCAGACGAUGCUCAUACAGCAGCCCACUAUGUACUAUGCUGCCACGCCCAUGUAUGUAGUCGAGCCCAGUCCUCAAAUGGUGCUUGUGGCAGGGGGUAACCAGCAGGCAAUGGGUCAUGUAGGCCAAGUUGGUUUAGGUCAGGGGCUGGUGCAGGUUGGUGGUCUGCAAGGUUCUCAGGGUAUGGUCCUUGUAGAUAGGCAAGUAGGAAUGGGUGGAAUCACAGGGCAAGUAGGAAUGGGUGGAAUCAUAGGGCAAGUAGGAAUGGGUGGAAUGACAGGGCAAGUAGUACAAGGCCUUUCACAAGGAACUCUCUCCAGGUCCAGAAAAGUGUUGGUAGUGGAGAACGAGUCCUUAGGUGCAGGGCAAGGUGCCCACUUAGCACACGGCUUUAUUCAGACAGGAAAUGUGUCUGCGGAGCAUGGUUUGCAGGUCAAAGGUGGUAACGGUUCGCAGUUUAAAACUCAGAGUAUUUCACUGGCUUCACACGGUUCCACAGGGUCAACUGAUGACUUUUCUCUUAAAGUCCCAACCAAAAUGAAAGGAAGCCAGAAAGUGGUUGUUCAACGUAAGAAGGUCUCAGUCAAAGAGAGAAAUAUUGAAUCUAGUACAAAAGCGUAAAAGCAACCUUUUUUCUUUUUAGCAUAUCCACUAAUGUCACACUUGUAAAUAUACUGACAUAUAUUUCAGUAUACUAAAAUAUACUAUAGUAUAUCAAUACAUACAGAUUAUGUUCAUACAGAUAGAUAGAUUGUGAUCAAUUGUGGUAAAACUUGUAAAAGGAUAGUUUAGUCUACAAGUGAAAUGAUGCAUGUCCUCAUCUAGUGAGAACACUACUGCUCACUGUAUGUAACUUGACUCCAUGACUACCAUAGCCAUAAAAGGAAUUGGAUUUCCAUACCAACGCUGUUUAGGAAAAUUACUCUGACAUUUGUCGUUGCCAAAACUACCUGCUAGAAUUAGGCUCUGUCAACUUUAGUUGAAAGUGUAUACUUCACAGUAUAAGUGUAACGUACAGAAUAGGGACAAUGCAACUGAUUUUAAGAGGCAUUAUAUCACUUCUUUCAUUGCAUCCUCGCCUAGGGAAAACCUUGGCGAGUGCGAUUUCCGUCUUUCUUUGGUCCAAACGAUGACCAUUUCGGCACCAAAUGACAUAAACUAUCGUUGUGUAUAUAUAUAUUUUAGGUGCAAAACUAAAUGGCUUCAGGGCAGGAACAGCCAAGUAAAUAUAACAAAACAACAGUGUUUAUGUACCGAUCAAACUAAGAUGAGAAACUGAAAAAAGCAGAUUACAAACAAAAAGAUUAUCCACCCCAACAUUUUAAAUUGCAGCUAUAUGUAAGUAGUAAAUUAUGAUCCACUUACAUGCUCCUAAAGCCUAACGAGGUUUUUAUGAAGCAUACAGAUAAUAUCUCAUCCCCUGGCAAAUAUUCAUGUAAAUACGGAUUAAUACUUUUUUUUACUAUGAUCACUAUGUAUCUACAUGUUUCCGUUAAAAUCUUAAUUGUGUUAACUUCUUCGAGAUUAGAGCAACGCAGAAUAUGAAGCUCAUAGAAUCCUAAACUUAUGUCACGUGCCAAAAGUCCUGUUAAAAUGACUAUAAUUAUACCAAAAGUCGUUAGUCUUGAGAAGUACAGUUAUUUUGAGAGUCACUAAAGAACCACGUUUCUGUAGCUACUAUAAUUUUGCAUGUAUUCAUGUAGACUUUGAUUACUACAUUUAGUGCUCUGAGAACUGUAUUUUCAUAGUGUGGUGUGAUUCUGAAGGUGCCGUGGUUACAUUUUGUAAUAUUUUUGCUAUGCCUUAAGCCGUCCUGCUGACCUUUUUAGAGUGUUGAAAUAAGUUAUACUAACUCAUCAAGAGAUUGUUAUAUAGGUGGCCACUGCUUGGAACAUAGAUAAAAGCUGUUUGUACUGUAGAACUAAUGAAAGUGUAUGAUACAGUGAAGGGACUAGACUGUUUUUAUCAACCAACAUAGUCAUCACAGACUAUACACCGAAGAAAAGAAAACUGCACAAAUUCUCUCUUUUAUUGUUGCACUAUUUUUAUUAUUUCUAUAGAAUAUGUGUAGGUUUCUAAAUUGUUCUUUUCCAAUUUGAUCUAAAUAAUCUAAGUGCCAAAUCUGUAUAAAAAAAGAAAGUGUAUAAUACCUGAAAAUGUAUAUUUUGCUAUAAUUAUCAGAUAGGCUUCUAAUAUGUUGUGUUUAUUGUGAGUUUCUGUGUGUAAAGGUAACAUAAUUUGGGUAUGUGAGUAGGUAAAGUAAUCAAACAUGAGCUUGCCAAGCACUGAAAACAUUUGGUGGAAUGACGCUGUUUGAUAUUGUUGUUUUUGCUAUCGAUAUAUAUGUUUUACAUCUCUAGUUAUAAUAUGAAUAUAGCAUAUAUUGCUUGGAACUGUGCAGCAUUAAAGCAGUACUGGACAUGAUAACGAGGAUGUUUGAUUUUUGUUUCAAGUUUUGCAUUUUCUGUCGUAAUAAA